AUGCUCCAAGUUGAUGAAGCAAGUAUCAGUAACGACAUACAUUUAAUAGUAAAUUUAGAUGGUCUGCCGCUUUUUAAAUCUAGCAAUACUCAGCUUUGGCCUUUACUUUGUCAAUUUGGUUCUAAACCUCCGUUUCCUGUUGCUUUUUUCUGUGACAAACAAAAAUCUAACUCUUAUAUGGAGUUUCUCGGGCAGUUUUUGGAGAAAUUCAAAAUGCUUUCAGAAAAUAGUCUUGUUUACAAAGAUGAUUUUUUUAAUGUCAGAAUAAAGUUUUGGACAUGUGGUGCUCCGGCACGUGCUUUUAUUAAAUGUAAAAAGCCACACAAUGCUUACCAUGGUUGUGAACAAUGUAUUGACAAGGAUUAA